UUCAACAUGGCGGCCCCCUCUGUAGCAGCAAGUGAGCUGCUCCUUAAAAUGAAUAAACAAAUACCAAUACUGUAUCAUAAGUCGUCUUGUGUCAUUCGGCGGAUUAGCACAUCGAGUUCAAGAUACGAAAGCACCCCGCAUCUUAGUGUUAAAAGCGCUCACCAGCAGCUGGUCGGAGUUGUGGGUCUGGAAAUCCAUGCCCAGAUUAACUCCAACACCAAGCUGUUCUCCGGCUCACCGGCUCGCUUCUCAGCACCUCCAAACUCCCUGGUGUCUUUCUUUGAUGCAUCCCUACCCGGCACAUUACCCGUCCUGAACAAGCGAUGUGUGGAGGCAGCAGUGUUGACAGGACUGGCUCUUAACUGCACCAUUAACAAAAAGUCACUUUUUGACAGAAAACACUACUUCUACGCCGACCUCCCUGCUGGAUACCAGAUCACUCAACAACGGCAGCCCAUUGCAGUAGAUGGAACGCUGACUUACAGCCUCCUCGGCGGGAAAAAGAGGAACCAGGUGAUCAGAAAAACUGUGAACAUCAAACAGAUCCAGCUGGAGCAGGACAGCGGGAAGAGUCUCCACGAUGAGCUCCGCAGCCAGACUCUUAUAGACCUCAACAGAGCAGGUGUAGGCCUAAUGGAGCUGGUGAUGGAGCCAGAUAUGAGCUGUGGAGAAGAGGCUGCUGCAGCUGUCAGAGAGCUGCAGCUCAUCCUGCAGGCUCUGGGCACCUGUCAAGGCAACAUGUCAGAGGGACAGCUAAGAGUGGACGCCAACGUGUCUGUACACAGACCAGGAGAACCUUUGGGGAUUAGAGCCGAGGUGAAGAACAUCAACAGUGUCCGAUACCUGGCCAAGGCUAUAGAUUAUGAGAUCCAGAGGCAGAUCAAUGUCCUGCAGAGAGGGGGGACGGUGCAGAAUGAAACCCGGGCGUACGACUCCAAAACAGGGGAGACCAUCCCUAUGAGAGACAAGGAGGGUCUGCAAGACUACAGGUUUAUGCCUGAGCCCAACCUGCCCCCUCUGAUUGUGUACAAGGAUAACGCAUCGCUGCCUGCUGGCGUUGAUGUGAGCCAGGCGGUGGUGGUGCAGAAGAUAAGAGAAGGGCUGCCAGAGCUACCCAACGUCAAAAGAGACAGGCUGGUGCAGACGUACGGCAUCCUGCCUGAGCACAGCUUCACUCUAGUGAAUGAGGAUGGGCUGGUGGAGUACUUCGAGGCAGUGCUGAAUGCUACCAAGAAGGAGCCAAGGAAAGUGAUUGGCUGGGUGAUGAAUGAGCUCCUGGGUCACCUCAAACAAACAGACAUGAGCGUGAACCAGAGCCCCGUCUCUCCGUCUACCCUGGCUGAGCUGCUGGAGCUUCAGGAAACGGGGCACAUCUCCUCUUCGGCUGCCAAGCAGGUGUUUCAGGAGAUGUGGCUUUCAGCAGGUAAGACGGCCUCGCAGAUCAUCCAGGAGAAAGACUUAGGUCUUGUCAGCGACUCUUCACAGCUGCACAACAUCUGCCAGAGGGUGGUGGACUCGCAUCCUGAUGAGGUUCAGGCCAUCAGGAAUGGGAACAAAAAGGUUCUGAAUAGGCUGAUGGGGCUCGUUCAGAAAGAGACUAAAGGCCGAGCUGAUCCUGUCUUAGUGAGAAAAAUUUUACGAGAGAAGACUUCAUAAUGGGCAGAUAUGCCUGAUAUGGAUGUCAUGUAAGGAAGUAACAUGUUAAAAUCAUCAUGCCUAUGACUCAUAGCAGUAGAUCAGGCGUCUUCUGUAUGUUGACUAAAAUAUCGACCAUCAAGCUAAAAGUUAAGUUUUCUGGGAGGUUUUUGUAAAUACUGAACAAAGUUUUCACUGUACAACCAAUGCUGUCUUUAUUUAUGUUAAUAA